UUCUCAACCGGAUUUUUUGCCAAUAUCGUCUGCCUUUUUAAAAAAAGAUAUAUAUUCUGCUAUUUUUGGGGAUUUUCCUUUUUGAGCAGACUGGGGUGUGUGUAUUUCUCGCUUGCCAAAUCACUUCUAGAUCCUCAUUUCAUCUGCUUUUUAUUUUUUAAUCCACCAGAGCUACUGAGUCAGAGUAUACAUCGCUGCAAAAUUCAGUCCUCCAGAUACUGCCCAGAUAAAGAGAGACGGAGAACAGCACAGGGAUACGAAGAGACAAAUCAUUUGAAAGAGAGAUAGUGCUUCAGAGUUGGCGACAGAGGGAGCAAAUCGAGGGAAAAGGAGGAGAUAGAGGAACAGGUGGGGGAGAGAGUAAACGAGAGGUAGAUCACCAAAUUUACCCCUAGGCCUCAAUUUUUUUUCUUCUUCUUUGUCUUGGAUUCCUCCCUCCUUAAGAGAGAGGGGUGGAGGGAAAUGAGAGGGAGGGACGGUAGGGGCACUUGGAUUGGGCCGAGGGGGCAGUAAGACCAACAGGAGGGUAACAGAGUGUCUGAGUGGUGCGGUGAGCUCCUGCGUGUCUACGCACUCAGCAGGCUUCGACAGUCCGGGCAGGGGAGACGCGCCGUAGUCUGGAGUAACGCCGUUCGCUGCCGGAGGUAUAGGUCACCACCGCAAUCAGGGCUAAUUAGGAGGAUUUGAUUGCGUCCCUCAGUACAUCGUGUCAGCUACCGACGCCCGCCGCAAAUCUUUGUGGGAGCUCCGCGCCGUAGAGGGAGCAGGGCUGAGGGAGGCGGAGGACAGGCGGAGGGAAAACACGCCUUGAAAGCCUUUUUCAUUUUCAUUGUGUUUUAUUUUCCCCUUCACCCGGUCGUCUCGAAAAACAAGAUCGUUUUUUAAGAGUCGCCUUCAGCUGAGGGAGAGAGGCCUUCAGACAUCAGAGAGAGAGAGAGAGAGGGAGAGAGAGAGACGGAUAGACAGGGGAGGCCUCCUGGAUUGAAUCGGUUAUUUUUACAUUUUUCUCCUCUCUUUUAUUUUGUGAUCUGUCAGGGGCUCUGUCCCCCAAUUCUCUCUGUUAAAGGGAGAGAGAGACAGAGAGAAAGAGACCCUCACUCCCUUUCUCUCCCUCCCUUUCUCUCUUUUUCUUAUAUGGUGGCUACAGACUUUUUUGUACCUUCAUAUGUGAUUUUUUUUCUUUUUUCUCACAAAGGAAUAUCGUUUCACUAGAGGUCAAACACUGCAAUUUUAUACCAGUCCCCCAAACUCUGAAAGUACCUGCUCCAGGUCUGCACCCAACAUCGAACCCCCCCAAAAUCUCACCCUCCUCCCUGGACAUUUCAUAACCUCCCCCCUCCAGUGGAUUCUGUUUACAUGUGAACCUGAGCUGGACUGACUACUUCACCGACCUGGGGAAAACAGAACAACUGUCAUCUGAUUCAUUCUGUGGUGGAACAGGCAGCCAGAAGAUCGUUCUCCAUGAGGAGCAGUAGAAGAUGCCGGCUCUGCCAGCGCUGCUGCUGUCGAUUCACCUCGUUGUGCUGUUACUGACCAUGGCCCCGUCCUCCCUCAGCCAGGCCCCGGUGCUGUCCUCGGUCAGGAUGGCGGCCAUCCUGGAUGACCAGUCGGUGUGUGGGCGGGGUGAGAGGCACGCUCUCGCUCUGGCCCGUGAGAACAUCAACAGCAUGAUGGAGGGUCCGGCCAGAGCCCGCGUGGAAGUGGACAUCUUCGAGCUGCAGAGAGACUCCCAGUACGAGACCACCGACACCAUGUGUCAGAUAUUACCAAAGGGCGUGGUCUCUGUGAUAGGCCCCGCUUCCAGUCCCGCCUCUGGCUCAACUGUCAGUCAUAUCUGCGGGGAGAAGGAGAUCCCGCACGUUAAGAUCGGACCCGAGGAGACUCCCAGGCUGCCGUACCUGCGCUUCGCGUCCGUCAGCCUGUACCCUAGCAACGAGGACCUCAGCCUCGCCGUGGGCGCCAUCCUGCGCUCCUUCAGCUACCCGUCGGCCAGUCUGGUGUGCGCCAAGGCCGAGUGCCUGCUGCGAUUGGAGGAGCUGGUGCGCCGCUUCCUCAUCUCCAGGGAGACGCUGUCUGUCAGGAUGCUGGAUGACAGCCUGGACCCCACCCCUUUGCUGAAGGAGAUCCGCGACGACAAGGUGGCCACCAUCAUCAUCGACGCCAACGCCUCCAUCUCCUACCUUAUCCUCAAAAAGGCUUCAGAGUUGGGGAUGACAUCAGCGUUUUACAAGUACAUCCUCACCACCAUGGACUUCCCCCUUCUCAGGUUAGAUGACAUUGUGGAUGAGCAGUCCAACAUUGUGGGCUUCUCCAUGUUCAACACCAGCCACCCGUUCUACCUGGAGUUCAUCAGGAGCCUCAAUCUGUCCUGGAGGGAGGGCUGUGACAUCAGCCCCUACCCUGGGCCUGCGCUGUCCUCGGCGCUGAUGUUCGACGCGGUGCACGUGGUGGUGGGAGCCGUCCGGGAGCUGAACCGCAGCCAGGAGAUCGGCGUGAAGCCGCUCAGCUGCACCUCGCCCCAGAUCUGGCAGCACGGCACCAGCCUCAUGAACUACCUGCGCAUGGUGGAGUACGAUGGUUUGACAGGGCGAGUUGAGUUCAACAGUAAAGGCCAGAGGACCAACUAUACCCUCCGCAUCCUUGAGAAACACAGAGGAGGCCACAAAGAGAUUGGCAUCUGGUACUCCAACAACACGCUGGCAAUGAACUCCACAUCCCUGGACAUCAACGUUUCCGAGACCCUGGCCAACAAAACCCUCAUUGUCACCACCAUAUUGGAGAACCCCUACGUGAUGCGCAGGGGCAACUACCACGAGCUCCAGGGCAACGACCAGUACGAAGGCUUCUGCGUGGACAUGCUGAGGGAGCUGGCCGACAUCCUCAAGUUCUCUUUCCGCAUCAAACUGGUGGACGACGGGCUGUACGGAGCGCCGGAGCCGAAUGGCUCUUGGACCGGAAUGGUGGGAGAGCUCAUUAACAGGAAGGCAGACUUGGCUGUUGCCGGAUUCACGAUCACAUCGGAGAGAGAGAAAGUCAUCGACUUUUCAAAACCCUUCAUGACCCUCGGCAUAAGCAUAUUGUACAGAGUCCAACUGGGGCGGAAGCCAGGAUACUUCUCCUUCCUGGACCCCUUCUCCCCCGCUGUCUGGCUCUUCAUGCUGCUGGCCUACCUGGCUGUCAGCUGUGUGCUCUUCCUGGCGGCCAGGCUGAGCCCGUACGAGUGGUACAACCCGCACCCCUGUCUGCGGGAGCGCAGGGACCUGCUGGAGAACCAGUACACCCUGGGGAACAGCCUGUGGUUCCCCGUGGGCGGCUUCAUGCAGCAGGGCUCCGAGAUCAUGCCCCGCGCCCUGUCCACGCGCUGCGUCAGCGGGGUCUGGUGGGCCUUCACUCUCAUCAUCAUCUCCUCCUACACGGCCAACCUGGCAGCCUUCCUCACGGUGCAGAGGAUGGAGGCGCCCAUCGAGUCGCCCGACGACCUGGCGGACCAAACCAACAUCGAGUACGGCACCAUCCACGGGGGGAGCACCAUGACCUUCUUCAUGAACUCGCGGUACCAGACGUACCAGCGCAUGUGGAACUACAUGCACUCCAAGCAGCCCAGCGUGUUCGUGAAGAGCACGGAGGAGGGCAUCGCCCGCGUGCUCAACUCCAAGUACGCCUUCCUGCUGGAGAGCACCAUGAACGAGUACUACCGCCGGCUCAACUGCAACCUCACGCAGAUCGGCGGGCUGCUGGACACCAAGGGCUACGGCAUCGGCAUGCCCCUGGGCUCUCCGUUCAGGGAUGAGAUCACCCUGGCCAUCCUCCAACUCCAGGAGAACAACCGUUUGGAGAUCCUGAAACGGCGGUGGUGGGAGGGAGGGCAGUGCCCUAAAGAGGAGGACCACCGGGCCAAGGGUCUGGGGAUGGAGAACAUCGGGGGCAUAUUCGUGGUGCUGAUCUGCGGCCUGAUCAUCGCUGUGUUUGUGGCCAUCAUGGAGUUUGUGUGGUCGACACGGCGCUCGGCUGAGACUGACGAGGUGUCCGUGUGCCAGGAGAUGCUGACAGAGUUUCGGAACGCCAUCUCCUGUAAGAAGAGCUCUCGGUCCCGGCGGCGGCGGCCCCUGGGCGGCCCCGGGGGGCCCCGGCACCCCACCCGCCUCUCUCUGGGGGCCCCGCGGCCCCUGCGCCUGGUGCGCGAGAUGCGGCUGAGCAACGGGAAGCUGUACAGCGGCUCGGGGCCCCUGACCGGGAGCGCCGGGGCCGGCGGGGGCCCCUCCGACAUGGGCCCGGGGCCACAGCGCCUGCUGGAGGACCCUCUGGGGGCCAACACCACGCCCCCCCCGCCCCCGCCCCCGGCCGCGCCCUCCCGCAGCUGUACGCACAUCCGCAUCUGCCAGGAGUGCCGCAGGAUCCAGAACCUGCGGUCCGGCCCCGCCCGCGCCCCGCCCUCCUCCGCCCCCCUGCCCCGCCUCCCGCCGCCCCCGGCCCCGUCCUCCUCCAACACCGACAGCGAGGGGGGCGGGGCCAGCCCGCGUCGACUGCACCACACCCCCCCGCCCAGGCCCCUCCCCCCCGCACAGAGCAGCACCAGCACAGACCUCCUGGGGGAGCAGGACUGAGGAGGGGGCUCAUCUGCUGGGGGGUGAGGGGUGGUGGGGGCGGAAGCACACACUGCUCAGUGUGAGAGACUCUCAGGCCCCCCCUCUCCCUCUGUGCACUGUCUUCAAGUAAUGAGGACCAGAGAGAGAGAGAGAGAGAGAGAGA